CUAGCUUUGCAGGAGUACAGACGUGAAGUCAUCUUUAUUGUGUUUAGUCAUUCGUACAGAAAAAUACAAACACGAGCAAAAGAAAACCGUGAAUCAGGUAAGAAUUAUAGUAUGGGGAAACAGUGUAUUCAGAAGGAGGUUGACUAAAAGUGCCCUGUGGAAUGUAAGGCUGCUAUCUGGAGGAGCGGAUAAGGAAGCAAAGAAUGGCAGCCAACUUUACCGUGUCAGUGGACGAGAUCUCCUGCCCAGUGUGCCACGACAUCUUCACCUGCCCUGUUGUCCUGUCGUGUAGCCACAGCUUGUGUAAGGACUGUCUGCAGCAGUGCAGGACAGCCGGCUUCCAUAAAUGUCCGCUGUGCCAGAGAGCGUGUCCCCCCGGGACCGAGCCCCCUGUUAACCGGGCUUUGAAGAAUCUCUGUGAGCGGUUCCACCUGGAACAGGAAGUCGCAGGGGGCUCGGAGACUCUCUGCGGUCGGCACGGCGAGAAACUGAAGCUCUUCUGUCUGGUGGAUAAACAGCCGAUAUGCGCCGACUGCGUGCCGGAUUUGCACGACCGUCAUAAAUGCUGUCACUUAAAGGUAGCAGUGCACGACCAUAAGACGAGGAUGCAGGCGGCCCUGAAGCCCUUACAGGAGAAGCUGGAAAACUUUAAAAAGAUCAGUGAAACUAGAGAUCAAAAACUGCAUCACAUCAAGAGCCAGGUUCAGCAAACAGAGAAGCAGAUCAAAGAGGAGUUUCAGGAGCUGCACCAGUUCUUGCGCCAAGAGGAGGCAGCCAGGAUCGCAGCCCUCAGAGCGGAGGAGAUACAGAGGAGCCAGACUCUGAGCAGGAAGAUGGAGGAAGUGGUCAGAAAGAUGAAGGCCCUUUUAACCACAGUCAAAGCCAUAGAGCAGGAGAUGGGCAAAGAUGAUGUUUCAUUCCUGCAGAAUUACAAUGCAACAAUGAAACAGACUCAGUGCACAGUGCAGGACCCAGAUGUCUCGGGAGUGCUAAUCGAUGUGGCCAAACACCUGGGCAACCUGAAGUUCCAAGUCUGGCAGACAAUGACGGGAAUGGUGAAGCACACUCCUGUUAUUCUGGACCCCAACACAGCUGGACCCGUCCUUAUAUUCUCUAAGGAUCUGACCAGUGUCACAUCAAGCGAAGCAUAUUCCACAGAUGCCAAUACUCUUUUUGGCUCACAAGGAUUCAGCUCAGGGAAACACCAGUGGGAUGUUGAAUUCCACCGAUAUGCUCUUGUAGAUAUAGGUAUUGCCGAGGAGUGUCAAAAAGAGAGAUGGAGUAAUGAUAAACACCAUGUCUGUACAGUACGUCACUGUGGUGGUUGUGACAACAUAGACAAAAAAUCUGUACGCAGGGGAAUGCUUAUGAUAAGAGUGCUCCUGGACUGCGAUGAAAAGACUCUGUCAUUUUUUGACGUCUACGGCAAUAAAACUUUCCAAACUGAUUGUAGAUACACUCUCACAGGGAAACUCUUUCCAUUGUUUUACUUCUUUGAAAUAAAUAAUUACUUGAAUCUGAAGAUCUUGCCUGCCAAGAUCAAAGUCAUGCAGAAGAAAGUAAAGCAAGUGGUUACGGAUAAGAAACCUGAAAAAGGUUGAGUUAACAUUAACUGUGACUUGACAUAAAAUCAUUAAUUGCAGUCUUCUGAGUGAACAGGAACAGUGCUUAAUCUCAGCACUCACACACAGAAGGUUUGUUCUUAAAGGAAAUGAGCACAAAUCACCGGCCAUAAUUUAAGAGAAAACAGUUUGGGCAAAACAUUUUAUGCGUUCAUAUCAUGUAUACUGCUUUUCACAUGGGUCUUAUUUCCUGCGGAAAGGUUAUUUGUGUUCAGGUUUUUGUGUGUACAUUAUUGGAGGGUUCUUUUGGUUCGAUUUAUAGUUAAAAUCACUACAAUGCACUUGA